UCAGAGAUACAGUAAAUUCUCUGAGUGACCAACCUUCCCAACACACAAACGCGGCCGCGCGCGCGCGCGCGCGCACACCCACACACACAAACACACACACCCACACACACACAGUGAAAGAGACUCCUAGACCGCCGCUAGAGGGAGAGCCGCUAGGCGGUUGGGCAAAAUGGAAUAAAUACAGAUCCUGCUCUCUGGCGGAAUUUGUGUUCAUGUCACUAAAAAUACUAUUUUUAUUUGACAAAUCAUAAGAGUUAUAUAGUUAAGGGAUACAUUCUGAUGUUUUGAUAUUUGUAUACAGUGUGGAAUUAUUAAACCGAUGUCACUUUUGAAAGGUUUCAAGUGACUAAACAAGGAGACCCUACCCUUGGUUAGGUAAAACAUAUAGCCGCAACUGCCUUUCACAACCACAGGUUUCUUUGGUCUUGAGGUUCUUCAUUCUGUUACCCCUUCUUCUCUCCUUUGUACACAGCAAGUCUUAAGGUGCCCAGCACAGAACCUGAGCUCCUAGUAACUCAGACAAUAUUUAAUGAGUACAUAUAACAUACACAUAAUACCCAGACAUAUACCCUCAAAGGAAUUGUAGGAAAGGACCACAGUAAUGUGAAUUCUGUUUGUUUUUUCCAGCUCUGUUUGAUCGUAGCUUUAAUAGCUGAUAUACCAUGCAAAAAAAAUGUAAAAAUAAGUUGGAAACGUAGUUGGUCACUUUACACAGAAAAAAAAAAAAACCCACUUUCCGUUAUAUUUCUGAGUUUUAGAAUUUAAUUCUUCACUGCCAAUCUGGAAAUAGUUGCAGAAUCCUCAGAAAAUUCCACUUAUAGAAAGGUAUUACUCUAAGAAAUACAACUCUGUGCAAAGACUCUUAAAGUUACUAAUGGGCGUCUAAGUAUGCAGAUUGCCUUAGAAUACAGGGUAAUGGUCAUUGAAGAUAUUCUAAUACUUUUAUCCAUUGUGACUCUGAACUAGGAGGUAGACAGUGGGGCUUAAGGAAAGAUUAUUAUCUUGAAUGGAAUUUCAAGACGGGGAAAGUCUAAUCCCUUUCUUGUAAAAGACAUCUGGGUGGAUUUCAACUAACUUUGAGAAGCGAAUCAGAAUAAUGACUCAAACCUGAGCUGAAGAGAAAAGUGUUUUUGUUUUAAAUAAAAAGCAGGUGUUGAACUCCUUAGUAACCCAAUAUUGGGUGCGCGCGCGCAGAGUGGCCAGACCCCUCUCCACGCAGCUCUGGCUCUGUUCAGUUCGGCAAGUGCACUCACGGCAGAACUGCCACGGGUAUAACGUCUUGACGAUGGGCUCCAGGGUUUGACACUCCUCAGCGCCACCAGUUCUGUUUUCUCCCCAAGUGAGCCACUCUCUACCUCUGGAGCAGGAGAUCGUCCUAUGCGCGCUACAAUCGUGGGGCGGGGAGAUCUGGCGCUCACCCAACGAGCUCUGCUGGAGCUGACGUCCGUUCAGGCCUUUAAAUGUCUCUGUCCCUGCGCAGGAGGAAACAGACUUUGUAGCAGUCACAGUCACUUUGCCCGAAGGGAGACGCGUCUCUGCUUUUGCAGGCUGCAGUUCGGACUCCCCUGGCUCUUCUCAGCGCUGCGUUUGCCUCUAUCUUUGCCUGGAGAUCGCCGCAGCCUCUCCAGCUGGAGGCGCUUUUGGUAUUCGCACCCCGGGCGUGAACCAACAGGACUUCCCUUGCCCUGUGCUGUUUCAGUGGGUUCGAAGAUCUGAGAUUGAGAGGUGCGCUCGGUGAUCUCUCAAGGAGCAGGGAGCUUGCUCCCCGUGAUAUUAGUAGGGGGUGAUUUUUUUUUUCGAGCUGGUGAAAGCGUCCUCCUCCCCGCUCCUAAAGCUACAACUUGUUUUGGUUUCUUCUCAGUCCUGUGUAUGGUUACAACAGCAAAGUUUUUCUCCCUUACCCAUCCAAAAAUCUAUCCUUUUAAUCCACCCUCCUCCCCCUGCGCCGUCUCCGCCAAGCCUUCUCUCUGUGCGGUGAGUGGAUAGCGGGGCGCGCAGUGUGGCAGCGGCCGCGAAGAUUGGCGCUAUCAGGAGGAGCGAAAGGGAAGGAUCUGCUGCUGGGGGCUCCCUGGGUGAUCCUUUGCCAGGCGAAAGAGCUGGUGGUAACUAGUCGAGAGAGAAGCGCUUGGCAGGAGCUCUCUGCGGGACUUGAGCUCCCUGGCUGCUCGGGAUCCCUACGUCCGCGGCUGCGGAAGGACCAGACGGGAGGACGCCAGCAGUUGCUUACUGGAGCCUGGAGGAGAAUGGAAGCAUCAAUCCCUAGAAACAGUUGAAUUUGUCAGACCUAGAGAUUGACAGAGGCACACGACACCAGGGAAUUUGCAUUGUCAUGUUUCAGAAUACCAUCCCAAAGACUCGCAAAUAAGAUCGGCUUUGAACUUUGACAGAAGAUGUUUCAACAGUUUUAUCUCUGGACAUGUUUAGCUUCAGGGAUCAUCCUGGGCACUCUCUUUGAAAUCUGCUUGGGCCAGUACGAUGAUGACUGGCAAUAUGAGGAUUGCAAACUAGCUAGGGGAGGACCACCAGCUACUAUAGUUGCUAUUGAUGAGGAGAGUCGGAAUGGUACAAUUCUGGUGGACAACAUGCUGAUCAAAGGGACUGCUGGAGGACCAGACCCCACCAUAGAACUUUCUUUAAAGGACAAUGUGGAUUACUGGGUGUUGAUGGAUCCUGUUAAGCAAAUGCUCUUCCUGAACAGCACUGGCAGAGUUCUGGAUAGAGAUCCACCGAUGAACAUACACUCCAUUGUGGUGCAGGUCCAGUGCAUCAACAAAAAAGUGGGCACUAUUAUCUACCAUGAGGUGCGAAUAGUAGUGAGAGACAGGAAUGACAACUCGCCCACGUUCAAGCAUGAAAGCUACUAUGCCACAGUAAACGAGCUCACUCCAGUUGGUACCACAAUAUUCACAGGAUUUUCAGGAGACAAUGGAGCUACAGAUAUAGAUGAUGGACCAAAUGGACAGAUAGAGUAUGUUAUUCAGUAUAAUCCAGAUGAUCCGACAUCCAAUGACACCUUUGAAAUUCCCCUAAUGUUGACUGGAAAUGUAGUGUUACGGAAGAGGCUCAACUAUGAAGACAAGACUAGCUACUUUGUCAUAAUCCAAGCUAAUGACCGUGCCCAAAAUCUGAAUGAGAGGCGAACCACAACCACCACGCUCACAGUGGAUGUUCUGGAUGGAGAUGACUUGGGUCCAGUGUUUCUUCCUUGUGUCCUUGUGCCAAACACUCGUGAUUGCCGUCCACUCACUUACCAAGCUGCCAUACCUGAGUUGAGAACUCCGGAAGAACUGAACCCCAUUACUGUUACGCCACCGAUAGAAGCCAUUGAUCAGGACCGGAAUAUUCAACCGCCAUCAGAUAGGCCAGGAAUCCUCUAUUCUAUCCUUGUCGGGACUCCUGAGGAUUACCCAAGAUUUUUCCAUAUGCAUCCUAGGACAGCAGAACUUAGUCUCCUGGAGCCAGUAAACAGAGACUUUCACCAGAAAUUUGAUUUGGUUAUUAAGGCUGAACAAGACAAUGGUCAUCCUCUUCCCGCCUUUGCCAGUCUACACAUUGAAAUACUGGAUGAAAACAAUCAAAGCCCAUAUUUUACAAUGCCCAGUUAUCAAGGCUAUAUUCUGGAAUCUGCCCCAGUGGGAGCAACCAUUUCGGACAGUCCCAAUUUGACCUCUCCUUUAAGAAUAGUAGCUCUGGACAAGGACGUAGAAGAUACAAAAGACCCAGAGCUUCACCUUUUUCUGAAUGACUACACCUCAGUCUUCACUGUCACACAGACUGGUAUUACUCGCUACCUCACCUUACUUCAACCAGUGGAUAGGGAAGAACAGCAAACUUACACCUUUUCGAUAACAGCAUUUGAUGGUGUACAAGAAAGUGAGCCAGUCAUUGUCAAUAUUCAAGUGAUGGAUGCAAAUGAUAACACGCCAACCUUCCCUGAAAUAUCCUAUGAUGUGUAUGUUUAUACAGACAUGAGACCUGGAGACAGUGUCAUACAGCUCACUGCAGUCGACGCAGACGAAGGGUCAAAUGGGGAGAUCACAUAUGAAAUCCUUGUUGGGGCUCAGGGAGACUUCAUCAUCAAUAAAACAACAGGGCUUAUCACCAUCGCUCCAGGGGUGGAAAUGAUAGUCGGGCAGACUUACGCACUCACUGUCCAAGCAUCGGAUAAUGCUCCUCCUGCAGAGAGAAGGCACUCCAUCUGCACUGUGUACAUUGAAGUGCUUCCACCAAAUAAUCAAAGCCCUCCUCGCUUCCCACAGCUGAUGUAUAGCCUUGAAAUUAGUGAAGCCAUGAGGGUUGGUGCUGUUUUAUUAAAUCUACAGGCAACUGAUCGAGAAGGAGACUCAGUAACAUAUACCAUUGAGAAUGGAGAUCCUCAGAGAGUUUUUAAUCUUUCAGAAACCACGGGGAUUCUAACCUUAGGGAAAGCACUGGACAGGGAAAGCACUGAUCGCUACAUUCUGAUCAUCACAGCUUCAGAUGGCAGGCCAGAUGGGACCUCAACUGCCACAGUAAACGUGGUGGUGACGGAUGUCAAUGACAAUGCUCCAGUGUUUGAUCCUUAUCUGCCGAGAAAUUUAUCUGUGGUGGAGGAAGAAGCCAAUGCCUUUGUGGGUCAAGUAAAAGCAACAGACCCUGAUGCUGGAAUAAAUGGUCAAGUGCACUACAGUUUGGCUAACUUUAAUAAUCUUUUUCGUAUCACAUCCAAUGGGAGCAUUUACACAGCAGUGAAGCUUAACAGAGAAGUCAGGGACUACUAUGAACUUGUUGUUGUGGCAACAGAUGGAGCAGUGCACCCUCGUCAUUCAACAAUAACACUGGCCAUUAAGGUUUUGGACAUUGAUGAUAAUAGUCCUGUGUUCACCAAUUCAACAUACACUGUCCUUGUUGAAGAGAAUCUGCCGGCUGGGACCACCUUUCUUCAAAUAGAGGCCAAGGAUGUCGACCUCGGAGCAAAUGUGUCUUACCGGAUAAGAAGCCCAGAAGUGAAGCACCUUUUUGCACUACAUCCAUUUACAGGAGAAUUAUCCCUUUUAAGGAGUUUAGAUUAUGAGGCAUUUCCAGACCAGGAAGCAAGUAUCACUUUUCUGGUAGAGGCCUUUGAUAUUUAUGGAACAAUGCCACCUGGUAUUGCUACUGUCACAGUGAUUGUAAAGGAUAUGAAUGAUUAUCCUCCUGUAUUUAGUAAAAGAAUAUACAAAGGCAUGGUGGCUCCAGAUGCAGUCAAGGGUACACCUAUCACAACAGUUUAUGCCGAAGAUGCAGACCCUCCUGGAUUACCUGCAAGUCGUGUGAGGUAUAGAGUAGAUGAUGUUCAGUUUCCUUAUCCUGCCAGUAUUUUUGAUGUGGAAGAAGAUUCUGGAAGAGUAAUAACACGAGUCAAUCUUAAUGAAGAACCUACAACAAUUUUUAAGUUGGUGGUGGUUGCUUUUGAUGAUGGGGAGCCUGUGAUGUCCAGCAGUGCCACAGUGAAGAUUCUUGUCUUACAUCCUGGUGAGAUCCCACGCUUCACACAGGAGGAAUACAGACCUCCACCCGUAAGUGAACUUGCCUCCAAAGGGACUGUGGUUGGUGUUAUUUCUGCUGCUGCCGUUAAUCAAAGUAUUGUAUACUCCAUUGUUUCAGGAAAUGAAGAAGAUAAAUUUGGAAUUAAUAACAUCACAGGUGUUAUCUAUGUGAAUGGACCUCUGGAUUAUGAGACUAGGACAAGCUAUGUACUUCGAGUCCAAGCUGAUUCCCUGGAAGUGGUCCUUGCCAAUCUCCGAGUUCCUUCAAAAAGCAAUACAGCUAAAGUGUACAUUGAGAUUCAGGAUGAAAAUAAUAAUCCCCCAGUGUUUCAGAAAAAAUUCUACAUCGGAGGUGUAUCUGAAGAUGCAAGAAUGUUUACUUCUGUACUCAGAGUGAAGGCUACUGAUAAAGAUACUGGCAAUUAUAGUGUCAUGGCAUACAGACUCAUAAUACCACCAAUUAAAGAGGGAAAAGAAGGAUUUGUAGUGGAAACAUACACAGGGCUUAUCAAAACUGCGAUGCUCUUUCAUAAUAUGAGGAGAUCCUACUUCAAGUUUCAAGUUAUUGCAACUGACAACUAUGGGAAAGGACUAAGCGGCAAAGCCGAUGUACUUGUCUCUGUGGUCAAUCAGCUGGAUAUGCAAGUCAUUGUUUCCAACGUGCCUCCUACUCUAGUGGAAAAAAAGAUAGAAGAUCUUACAGAGAUCUUGGAUCGCUAUGUUCAGGAACAGAUUCCUGGUGCCAAGGUCGUAGUAGAGUCCAUUGGAGCUCGCCGGCAUGGGGAUGCCUUUUCCCUAGAAGAUUAUACCAAAUGUGACUUGACUGUCUAUGCAAUCGACCCCCAAACCAACAGAGCCAUCGAUAGAAAAGAGCUUUUCAAAUUUUUGGAUGGCAAACUGCUUGAUAUCAAUAAAGACUUUCAGCCAUAUUAUGGGGAAGGAGGACGCAUUCUGGAGAUCCGGACUCCAGAGGCAGUGACCAGCAUUAAAAAGAGAGGAGAGAGUCUAGGAUAUACAGAAGGGGCCUUGCUGGCUCUGGCCUUCAUCAUCAUCCUCUGCUGCAUUCCUGCCAUCUUGGUGGUUUUGGUCAGCUACAGACAACGUCAAGCUGAGUGCACAAAGACUGCACGAAUUCAGGCCGCAUUACCCGCGGCUAAACCAGCAGCGCCGGCCCCUGCACCAGUAGCAGCGCCCCCGCCGCCACCGCCGCCUCCGCCGGGUGCGCAUCUCUAUGAAGAACUUGGAGACAGCUCAAUGAGAGGUUAUGCAUCAGAGCAACAGCAACUGCUGAGACCCUCUCUUCUUAAACCAGAGGAAUUAUCCAUGGAAUCUGGAAUUGAUCCUGGCCAGGAAUAUGGACAAGAUUAUUACAGUUAUGAACAUGGGUAUGAAAUGCCUCAAUAUGGGAGUCGCCGUCGAUUGUUACCGCCGGCUGGACAGGAGGAAUAUGGUGAGAUGGUUGGCGAAGCUGAGGAAGAAUAUGAGGAGGAAGAGUGGGCAAGAAAAAGAAUGAUCAAGUUAGUUGUUGAUCGAGAGUAUGAAAGCAGCUCCACUGGAGAAGACAGCGCUCCUGAAUGUCAGAGAAACCGUCUUCACCAUUCCAAUAUCCACAGUAAUAUCAAUGGCAAUAUAUAUAUUGCACAGAAUGGUUCUGUGGUGAGAACCCGCCGUGCCUGUCUCACAGACAACUUAAAAGUUGCUUCCCCUGUUCGAUUGGGAAGGCACUUUAAGAAAGUAGACAAAUUGGCAGUGACACAUGAGGAGAAUGUGCCUCUGAACACAUUAUCAAAGGGGCCAUUUUCUACUGAGAAAAUGAAUGCAAGGCCAACUCUGGUUACAUUUGCCCCUUGCCCUGUGGGGACUGACAAUACAGUGGUGAAGCCAAUGGGCAACAGGCUGAAAAGCACAGUUGAACAGGAGUCCAUGAUUGACAGUAAGAACAUCAAGGAGGCUUUGGAAUUUCAUAGUGAUCACACACAGUCGGAUGAUGAAGAGCUUUGGAUGGGCCCCUGGAACAACCUUCAUAUACCAAUGACAAAACUGUGACCAAGUUUUUAAAAAGUUAUUUUAAUUUUUACUUCAGUUUUUAAUAAACUGUGCUUUUUAUUGUCACUGAGAAAACAAUGUAUGGAAUUUAUAUCAUGCACACAAGCUAAAACUUUGAACAAUAUGCUUUACAGUUUUAAAAGAGACAGAUUUGCACUCGCAUUGUUAACUGUUUUUUCCCCAGAAAAUCCUUUUGGACCUACUCUCACUAAAUAACCUAUCAUUUAAAUGUUUAGCUGUUUUGUUGGGUCUUGAAUUUUUUUCAUUUUAAUAAACCAGAAAUAAUUACUAAGUAAUCAUUUAUAUUUGAUAGAUUAACCUAGAUUAUGCUUUAUUUCAAGCUCCACAAAACCUAUUUGGUACAUGUAAUUUUAUUUUCAUAGCCAAAAGGGAAAAACAAUUAAUUAGAGGAUAUUUACAGGCAAUGAGUUUAUACAGUUGCUCUCUGUACUGCCCUAGUUUUUUAAAUGAAAGAUGGAAUUGCAAAGUAAUAGUAAAUGAGGGAAUCACCUGUAAAUUAUUUUAAAUCAUGAGAUUGUUUUCUUUAUUGUCCAGUAUAAAGGUUUUCACAUUUUACCAUAAAUACAUAUAUUUAUUGACCCUUUAGAAAACCACUUGAAGUCAUAUCUCUUUUUAUCAAUAUUAUUUACAAUAAUAUCCUCUGGUCCUUCCACCCCAUAUCAAAUAUGGUAGAUAAUUUAGUUUAAUCACUUGAGGUUAAAUUAUUGUUUGGUGCAACACAGAAGUCUCACCCUUAGCAGAAGCUUUUAGAGAAGUGAGAAAGGUUCAAAUAAGCAAUAAAACAUCUACAACAACAAUUUCAUAAUGGAAGACAUGGCAAGGUUAGGGAAGUCUCACAUUAAUGUCACUGGACUUGAAUAGUUUGUAAACUCAGCAUAUCAGAAUAAAGGAAUUUGGCAGGGUCAAAAUUUAUAUAAUAUACGAAGCCUAUAAAGGCUAUGAAUUCAUAACUUCAGAUGUUGUGUUUAAUUUCUUCCAUCUUCAGUUUAUAGAAUAUUUAACGCACAUAUUAUGUGCCUAAAGUCCAGAAACAGGAAAUCAUUGCCUGGGCAUUUUUUAAAAUCAAAGAACAUAGUCUUGAUUUUUUUUACCAUUGAACAAAGCACAGUGUUUCAUCAUAAAUAGAAAUGAAAACAGAAUAUCCUUAAAAAAAAAAAAACUUACCUUGUGUGUUGCUUAUUUUCCAGAUGUAAAAAGAAUGAAACAACAUAGAUUAAAAGAAUUCAGAAUUCUACUGAAUAUUACUUAGUAUGAUAUAGAUGUAGCUCACCUCAAAUUUUGCACAGUAUUGACGAAGUUCAGGUCUUAAUGAAAUUCCCUCAUGCAUGCUUAAUAUAAGGUUGAAGGAUUGAAUAAUGCAUCAUUAUUUAUUCCCCUCUUACAUGUUUCACAUCUUAAAAACUGUUAUUAUUAUGCUAUUUCCUCAUUUCCAAAGUGAAUUGUAUUAACAUAAACUUGCUGACUUGUAAUAGUAUGGUUUUAUUUCAGAUUUCCAAGAAAAUAUUUGAGAUCAAAUACAGUAACAUCUCAUUUAUCUUAUUUUGUUGAAAAUUAAUGCAUUCCAUACCCUUGCCAAAAAAAAAAAAGUAAAGAAAAAAACCCUAAUAGCGUUACUAGGAGAUGAUUAUUAGAAACAUAGAAUCAUGACCACACCUCCUGGCCUAUCAAACAAGAAUCCACAGUUUCAAAAGAUCCUAAGGUGGCUUAUAUGCAUAUUACAUUUUGAGAAGCAAUGAUCUAUAAUAAAGUCCAGAGCUUACUCCUUCAAGCACCAAAGCAAUGGCUUUUAGUAUAAAAUACUUUGUAUAGGAAUUAGAUUAAGCAUAGAUUUCCCUACUAAUUCAAUCAGAGGUCACCAAAUAUAAUGUAAUAUUAUCUUGAUGCCCCCAGGUCAUCUCAGUCAGCAUCCCAUGAUAGUUUCUCUAUAUACAGCUUCAUAUUGUGUUUUUGUCCUUCGAUUUCUGGCUGUGACUUUUGACUUUCUCUGUUGUGACUUUCUCACAUUUAUUUUCUUUUAGUUUACAGUUUCUAGAAUCCUAGUGGAAAAGUUUGUGGUUUUUGUUAAUGAUUGGAAAAUCAUGAAGCUUAAGAUGGGAAUUAGGUACAUGGAUUCAAGCAAAUGUUUUGUGAUACUUAGACACUUUUUUUUGGUGACCAGUAGAUUUGGAAAUCUGAUGUUGGCAGAAGUCUAGUGGCCUGAUAUAUGACAUGUCACUGUAUUUUAAACUACAAUUUUUAUGAGAAAAUAUGCAAAAUUUUACAAGCCACUUAGCAAACACAUUUCAGUAAUUUAAGCUUGAUCCUUUCAGUAAAAAUAAUCAUGAGAUCAAUCUAUUCCUUAGUUAAUGGAGAUAGUAUAAAGAGAAGCAGAAUUUAAACAGAGCAACCAAACCGUAUAUUUGUUCAGCGUAUUUUUGGGUAAAGUAGUCAAAGCAGCAACAUUAUUACUAACUAAAUAAAUCUGGACCAAUUAAAUAGUUACUUUGACAGAACUUUCACUAGCCUAUAAAUCCCUGAUUUAGGAUUAAAAAUAUGAAACCCAGAGGGAAUACUCAAGUAUAUUUAAUCUUAAAAAUACUUCAUAUAAAUAAUGUUUUAAUGUAAAUGUUUAUAACAAAAUUGGUGUUAUUUUUCCUAGAAAGGUGUAGGAAGGUUUUCCUGUUUUUCUCAAUCAGCACUAGCUUCAAUCAGGUAGAAGAAACAGCAGGUCUUGGCUAAUCAAGAUGAGAACAGAAUGAUAUAAUGACUGAUAUUGCCACCCAUUGCUUUUAGAUGGUCUUGUGGGCAUCAAGGGAAAGCAGAGGAAGAAUGAGAAAAUAUGGUCAGAGUGACAUAGGACAUUGGUGGCUCAAUGACCAUCAGAUCACAGAUGCUAAUCUCCCUUUUGACUUGUCUUUUUCAUUAAGUACAGACUCUGAGAGCUCUUAAGGAAUUGCAACUGUAGGUUGGCCAAAACCAUCUUUUUAAAACACAGAAACAAGUUUGCCUUGAAUUUUAUAUGUGAUAUUUCACUCAUGUUAUUAUACUACAUUGUUCACAGAGAUGUUAAAAUAUAUUAUUUACUUAAGUGGUUGUUCCAAAGGUGAUUCAGUAGUUAUUCUUAAAAUAUUGUUUAAAGACAUGUUUAUAUCGUAGAGCCAGAAGUAAUUGAAUAUUGACUCUCAAGGGAAGACAUUUUCUUUCUUUUAUUUCAUGAGCUUUGAUUUUUCUUUCUCUGCUUCACCUUCUGCACUUUAUAACAUAAGUGGGAUUUAUAUAUCACUUGAAUUUAAUUAGUAAAAUAGGCAGAAAGUGCUAAUAAUCUAUUCUCAGGACAGAUGCCUAUUGGUGCCUGCAAAUAACACAGCGAUAAGGCUGAGGGAUAGGUUCAAAAUAAUAUUGAGGUCUUAUACUUUUUAUUGAUAUUCCAUUUUAUUACCAAUUGGUAUGUGAAAUUUCAGUUCUAAUUUUUUUGAACUGGUUUUCAUUAGUUGACUUUGAUCUUUAUCAUAAGAAUUUUUAGUUAUAGACUGGUAUUUUUAUCGUUGCAAUUUACUUUAAAUUCAUGGUACCUUAAGCACAUGUAUGGAAGACUUGAACAUUUGUCUAUAGUUUGAAAAAUCUAUAAACACAUUCACUGCUUUCCCAAUUUCUUUAUCCAAACACCUGUUCUUCCUUAACAAGUAUUAUGUUACUGUAUGAAGAAUCUGAAUUAGAAAUUUUAAGUUAAAAUGCAUUGUUAUUCACUGCACAAUGUUUCAAAAUAAAUUUUCAUUUGAAAAGA